AUGGACUUCCUCGACCUCGCUCUCCGUGCCGGGAACAUGACCACCGACCCCAUGCUGAUGCGCCUCAACCUCGGCGUCGGCGUCGCCAACGACCUCAUCGCUUUUGGAUCCAAAAGCCGCUUCGGCCGCGCCGAGCGACGCCGUCUGACCGACCAGGUCAACACGGCCUUUGAUCUUCUAAGUCACAUCUUCAGCAACACCUCGACCCUCGCUGUCUCAUGCAGCCAACCGAUGACACGUCCGUGGCAUAAAAGGGUCAUAAGCAUCCGCUUGUCCUCUGUCAUGUUUCUCGUCCUCGACCGCUGGACCCCCGGCCUCAUCAUCCACGACGGUGUGUACGUCACCGUCGGAGUGCCACUCUGCAACGUCCCACGCCAGAUCGUCAUUUACCGCGACGUCCAGGACCCCGACGCCGUUUACAACAUCGAGCUCAUCGGUGACCACAUGGUGGAGAUGGCCGCCCUGGACAACAUCCACAAUUACGCCGCAAACGGUCUCCCCGUGGAGGAGCUCUACGUCCAGUACGUGACGUCAAAACUCUCACUCCCUUACGACAAGUGCAAGAGCGUCUCCUACUACAGCGUCCCCGCCAACGCCGUGGUUGAGUACAACGACAAGAAUGAGCGUGUCUUCACCCCCGGCGAGAUGAAGGCGCACAAAGUGAUGCGCAACGUCGACUACCACUUCCGCCGCGAAACCUACACUGGCUAG